GAGUGGGAGGAGCCACUACCCCUUUUUAGCUGAUGAUUUCUCCAUAUUAACAGACUAAAAGUGCCAGAUCUCAUCGCUGUGUGGUUCUUGUGGGUGACGGUGUUUUUUCCAGACACGCUACAUUAGGACUUGAACAGAUUUCCAGUCCAUCUACUGCAGGGUGCGGCGCUGAUACUUUAACCGUGUUUCUGUAAAGAACAUCUGGAUUAAAUAACAUGCAUUAGUGAAGUUUUUUAUAGCUGGAUUAACCGCAGUUUUACAAACCUGGACGGACACCGACAUAAGAACAGAUUUAAUCUUUUUUUAACUUUAUAAUCCUCCGAAUGUUCACACCAGACAACUGGACCAGACCUGAAGACCUUCCAUCGGUAUUCACUGUUUAAUGUUGGAGAUUCUACAGACAAGAAACUUCACAGAAUCUUUAAGUGAUCAGAAUAAAAUAAAGAGAAAGUAAAAGCUUCCUGCAGUCACGAUGUUGCUGUAAUAUAACACUAGACAGAUGACAGCAGGACUUUUCCUUUUUACUGAAUCACAGGAAAUGUUCUUCUGUCUCUGAGAAAAUCUGUCAACACUCCACAAGAGUCUUCCAGACAUCAUGUCCCUCCUUUAUAUUUCCAUAUUAUGGGUCUGUGCCUGUGUGGACAGUGCAGAAUCUCUGGUUACUGUAUCAGCUCAAGUGGGUUCCACAGUCAUCCUGCCGUGUAAACUGACUGAAGAGUUCAAACCAACAUCAGUUAUUAGGUGGCAGUUCAAUAAAGACAUUGUGUUUGAGAGAAGCAGUAAUGGUACAUAUUCAGGUUCAGGAUAUGAAGGACGUGUGGAUGUUCCUGUGGACGAGCUGCGUAAAGGAAACUGUUCCCUGGUGUUGAAGAACAUCAGAGUUAAUGAUACAGGAAUCUACAAUUCCGGUACAAUGGUACAUGUGGACAAUAACACUGCAGAAAGAAAAGAAAUUAACAGUGUUAGACUCUCAGUCUAUGGUCUUCAGAUAUCAGCUCCAGUGGGUUCCACAGUUGUCCUGCCGUGUGAUUGGAGUCAUCUGUCCAUCAAAACUCCUCAUGUUAAGUGGUUUAUCGAUUCUGAGACAGUGUUUGAGCGAAAGGGUAAAGAUGUAAAUCAGAGUCAAGGAUAUAAGGAUCGUGUGGACGUUCCUGAGGACGAGCUGCUUAAAGGAAACUGUUCCUUGGUGAUGAAGAACAUCAGUGUUUAUGAUGCAGGAAUCUACAGCAGCUCCAUGAUGAAUGACACAGAGGUCUUGGUCCAGAAGGUUGAACUGUCAGUUGAGAUGAACUGGAUUAUUUUAUAUGUUGGGAUCAUUAUCAUCAUCAUCAUCAUCUUCAUCAUCUUCGUCUGUGUGUCUGUGUACUACAGCAGGGUGAAAGCUCUCAGAUGUGCCUCGAACUCCACUGAAAAGGUGGAGAGUUUACAGAAACAUGGCAACCCUCCCUGCCUACUUUGGGUCACUGUCAUUUUAAAGGAUGGAAACAGACAUCAUCACAGUGUUCAGUACAACACAACGUCCGACAGUGUGACGUACACAACAGUCAACACACAACCACAGAGUUAAUGACCAACACAAGAUGGUCUGCUCUGAUCUCAUCAUGGAUUUCAGAUCAUCUUAAACUUCAUCCCUGCACCACUGAGCUGAUGUUCAUCUAUGGAGCUUCAUCACCAUGUCAGGAUCUUCUGAUUUACUGCAGAACUCUCAGAUCGCACAUCAUGGACCAUCAGUAACUCUUCUAUCUAACCUGACUUGGUCUUGGUCAUGUGAUGUUAAACUAAAUAAUUAACUGUGAACAGCUUUAAUUUUUACAUUUAUAUUUUUAUUUAUUGUUUUAUUUUGAUGUGGUUUGUUUGCAGCAGUGGACACAGUAUGUACAAUGGCUGAAGUCAUGUGCAGGAACUUUGUAGUUGAGGAGGAACCUGGGUUCAGCUCCUCUCAGUAAUAUAAAUUAAUAUCAUGCACUGUUAUUGAAGUUUUAUUACAGGGGUGUUUUUUUUUUUACUAAAUCUUUACUUUUUUAAAAUAUAAUAAGAAGAAAUAAUAGUAUGCGUGCAUGAGUGUGUGCAAGUGUGUGUGUGUGUGUGUGUGUGUGUGUGUGUGUGUGUGUGUGUGUGUGUGAGUGUGUACUGCAUAGGAGAUAGGUGCUAGUGGCUAACAGAUUUAGAAGAUGAAGCCUUUAUUUUUGUCACAUCUCCAUUACUUUUUACUUCUUUGAGUACUGGAACUGAUGCUGUUUUGGCCUGUAUGCAUAUUUUACAGUGAAAAACGUAUUUAAGAAAUACUUGAUGGGAGUAAAAUGGUACAUGUCUUAUGGUUUUUUAAUAUAUUGAUUAUAUGAAGCCCCAUUAAAUGUAGAAUUUAUAUGUAAAUAUUUACAGUAAACAAUAUUUAUUAUUUUAUCAAUAAGAAAUAUUCUUCAUUCUUCACUGACAGUAUUGUCUGAUUUUUUUGGGAAUGUAAUGAUAUCUAAAGUCAUAGUAACGAUGUCUAAACAUCCUCGUGCUCUUCCUAGAACAGUCGUGUGAAGACGAUUGAAGAUGAUUUUCAGACUUCACAGCACAUUGGUUUGGAUUACUGUUGUUUGGAUCCGAGAUGAAGUUUCAUCUACAAAUGAAAUGCUGUCCUCUGGUGUUUUCAGGAAGGCGGUUUCCGGAGUUAAUAGGAGGACACCUCCGAUUGGUUAUAAUCUCCACCUGUUCCAGAUAAAAGGCCUGUCUGGAUCCCUGAUUGUGACCUCUUUGCCUCUUGUGCAAUUGUGUUUGCUUUGUGUUCAUUGCAUUGUCUAUUUGUAUGCUAUAUUCUCUGAAUGUUAACCCUUUUCAGUCAUUUUUGAUUGUCCCAUCUUAGAGAGAAAGUUUGUAUUCCGAGUGUGUUGAGCUUGUGAGUUUUGUUUUGGUUUAUGUUUAUUAUUUCAACUGGUUGUGCUUGACCCAUGCCUGAUAUAGACUACGAUUACAGACUCUGUUUUGACUUGUUAGCCAGCCAAUUUCAUUAUACACCUUUUCCCAAAACAUGGUGACAAGGUAUGUAGGGGGAGCAACGCCAGUUAUUUUCGAAACUUUUAUUAUAUUGUUUUUGUGAGCGGGAGUUUGGUAAGAAGAAAUGUAUGGGGUUUUUUUUUCUCCAUUUUUCAGUUUAGUAAGAGAGAGAGACAGGUGUUUGGAAGAUUGUUCUGUUUAUUAUUUUGGCCUUGUCCUCCUCUGAAGCCUAAAAUCCUUGUUCACCCUUAAAUAAAAGAUUGUGAAUUAUAACAUCUCUGUAUAAAGACAUCCAUUUACCCAUUCUGUUUCGAUCGACCCCUUGACGGUUGUAACAGGUGUUUAAGGCACCAUUUGUGGGUGAUUGCAGUGGGUCUGAUCAACCUGCUGUUCUUACCUUCCCUGUGAGUGGGAAACAUUCUGUUGCACAAAAUUCCAAAUAACAGUUGGUCUGAGUCCAGUGUGUUUUAUCCCUGUGGUCAAAAUUUGUGAAGUUCAGGGGGGACGAUGUAACUGGUAUAAAUAUUACUGUGACUGGAUUUUUGUUUUGAGUGUUUCUUUUCUCUUAUUUAUACAUUUCUGUAUUAAAGUUUUUUUUCUCUUCUUUUUUAUAUUAAUGUUACACUUUGUACAUUCAAGAUAAGGUGAUGAACUUCACAAAAUUUUGUUUUUAUCAUUUUUGUUUAAAUAUCUAAAAAUGUA